CGCCGGGAUCGCGCUCCUUCGCCCACACCGAGGGCGCAGCCGCGCUUCACCGCAGCACUCCCGGCGCCCCGGGAACUACUACCAUGGACAGGACCGCCGUGGCCAAGAUGGGAGCGGUGGCGAGCGCCAGCGUGUGCGCGCUGGUGGGCGGGGUGGUGCUGGCGCAGUACAUCUUCACCAUGAAGAAGAAGACGGCCUGCAUGCAAGCCCUGCAUCUCUGGACUCUGCUUGCCACCUAUGCUGUUGCAGUAGGACAAAAUCAAGGACAGAAGAAUCAGGAGUGCCCUAAGCUCAACGCACAGAUGCCAGAAUUUCAGAAGAAGACUGUCCAUAUUAAGGACCCAGCAAGAGUAGAGGAGAUUAUUUGUGGCCUCAUCAAAGGUGGAGCUGCCAAACUUCAGAUUAUUACAGAUUUUGAUAUGACAUUAAGUAGAUUUUCCUACAAUGGAAAAAGAUGUCCAACUUGUCAUAACAUCAUUGAUAACUCUAAGAUCAUCACAGAUGAAUGUCGGAAAAAGUUAUUGCAGCUGAAAGAAACCUACUAUGCCAUUGAAAUUGAUCCAGCUCUCACCAUUGAAGAGAAAUACCCAUAUAUGGUAGAAUGGUACCAUAAAUCUCAUGCACUACUCAUUGAACAAGGCUUACAGAAAGACAAGUUUGCAGAAAUUGUAAGGGAAUCUGAUGUUAUGCUGAAAGAAGGGUAUGAGAACUUCUUUGAUAAACUCAGUGAACAUAAUAUUCCUGUGUUCAUAUUUUCUGCUGGGAUUGGCGACAUUCUUGAGGAAGUAAUCCACCAGGCUGGGGUCUACCAUUCUAAUGUCAAAGUGGUUUCCAAUUUCAUGGAUUUUGAUGAAAAUGGAAUAUUAAAAGGAUUUAAAGGAGAAUUGAUUCACGUUUACAACAAACAUGAUGGUGCCUUGAAGAACACAGAGUAUUUCAAACAGCUAAAAGACAACAGCAAUAUCAUACUGCUGGGUGAUUCUCAAGGAGACUUGAGUAUGGCAGAUGGAGUAGCAAAUGUUGAGCACAUUCUUAAGAUUGGCUAUCUCAAUGAUAAAGUAGAUGAGCUUUUGGAAAAAUACAUGGACUCUUAUGAUAUUGUCUUGGUGAAAGAUGAAUCCCUGGAAGUUGCCAACUCCAUUCUACAGAAAAUCCUAGCAGAAACUGUGCCAUCUUCCGUUCCCUGAGGAAUUGUAAUGAAAAUGUGGGAGAGCUUAGAUCCGCAUUCUCUUCCACCAGAACUAAAACACAUCUCAAGAAAUGGCCUCUUUCCUUACAGCCUGUUGUCUGUUAUUAAAAUCCUGACUUGGUAUCACAGACA